AUGCCGAUUCCGCUGCCGUUACUCCCGCUCAUCGCAGAGACUGUUUACUACUCCAGCAGACCUGCAAUGGAUCUCGAUCCCGUCCCAGAGCCUGGCCGCUGGACCGAGCAAGACGCACGUCACACGCUCUACGCCUUAUCGCGCGUCAAUAGGGAUUGGCACGAUGAAGCAGGCAAGUUUCUUUGGCGCAGGCUUCACUUCAGAUUGGCUGGUGGUUUUCUCUCUGUCGUUGACGUCGUCGCAGGCAAGCAGGUUGAGCAACUCCGGCAGCAAUCUGAUGAGAUUAUCAGAUUGUCAUCGCCACCGCCAGAUCCUGUGAGACCAGAAGCUAUUCUCCCAGACGGACCCACUCUGCCACGUCCCUACCGCCAAUCCUCGCUUAGAAUCGCAUCUAUCCCCGAGUCUUCUGAAGACACGCGCAGUGCUCCUCCCGCACGCCCCACGCUCGACACCUCCCGCAACGCUUUCUCCCCGCCUUCUUUCACCAAUGAACUCGCCACGCCCGUCACUUCCCCUCUUUCCACAUCGCCGCCUGUCAGCUCACCGCUCAACGUCCCAUCAAUCAGCUCCACCUUCUUCGCCCAUCCACCCAUUACCCAAGAAAACACUCCCCCUUCGUCCCGCUCGCAGUCCCCCUCAGGGGCCAACUCUCGUGGCCGGCGGCGUUUUCACGAAGGCCUCAUCAGAACUGCUUCUGCCCAUACCUCCUCUCGUGCGCGCAGCAUGAGCCCUGCCAGAGACAUGGACGUUGAUGAAAUGGUAAAUGCUACCACUGAGGCGCUUAAACGGGAGUCUGAGAGCAUCACGCGCACCCACAGUCCCGAAAAGCGUGGUAGGAAGUUCGACCGUGUUCGCGAACUCUCCGUCGAAGCCGAGCGACUCCGUAGUGCCAGCCCUGUCACUGUUAAUCUGCACGAGAGCCGCCACAACAACACUAUCGCUAUUCGUGAGCCUAGUCCGGAGCGUGAAGGGCUAGCUGAGAUGCGCGAGCAGAGUCCAGAUGAGCAUGAUAAUGCUUUGUGGGGGAGCAACUACAACUCCACAUGGCUCGAUCCCUUCUGUCCAGUCACCGCAACUCCUUACCCUGCACGUCACAUCAACCACAUCUCCUUCACUUCUUUCCGCACAGCCGGCCUGAGGCGGUCUAUAGCACAGGGCACCGAAGAGCGGUUCUGUACUCCGGAGCGUCUCGAGCGUCUCCUCGAUGUAUGUCGGGCUGUGCGGGGGUUCGGAGCGAGUGAGUAUAUGGAUUCCGCGCUUAGUUUGCCAGUGCUCGAGUCCUUGCUUCUACGCGAGCCUCCCGCGCCGCAAACUCACCGUACACGACUGCGGCGAGCAUACUCCGUCCGUGACCCGCCCACGCAAUCCACAGUUGACGACGAGGGGGCCAGUGGGAGUGGCAGUAGCAGUAGCAACCUUCACAUCAACUCUUCCGGUGCGAGUCUCUCCCGUGCGAAAUGUAUUCCAGGUCGUUCGCUGCAUGCUCUAGACCUGAGUGGAUGUGUGAGCGCGACAUUUUUCGACGCGUUGGAAGCAUUCGUCAACAAACACCUCUUUGCACGCCAAUCGGAUGCUUUUGAUGAGCAGGCCGAUGAGCGCUAUCCUGACGAUGUGCGCGCGCGCUCUCUAGCCUACAAGAGCACAGCACAUGCGCAUCACCGUCCCCCUUCCAACCCACACACUGGGCGCUACAGUGCAUUACGGCGACUGAAUGUAUCCAAUGUGGUGAAUGUCUUCUCACCUACCUUGAAAACAUUCGUAUUGGCUUUCCCCGCUCUUACUCACCUCGAUUUGUCGAAUACACGCGCUACACCCGGACUCAUACGUGCUUUGGCACGCUCACCCACGCUCCGCUUGGAGUCUUUUGCUGCUGCCCGCUGCAAGAAGCUAGAUGGGGACUGUCUCCUUCGUCUUCUCGUCGAUUCUCCCGUGACGGAGAAUCUACGCGAGUUGAAUCUGUACGGCGACAGUGCGGUACCAUCUCCACUAAGUGUGUAUGAGUUGGAUGUAAUUCUGCGUCGUGCGCCCUGCUUCAUCAGUGGAAAUCUCCGUUAUAUAGAUCUAGCCGGUGCGCCAUUGACCAAAGAGAUACUGUCGAAACUCGCCGCGCAGCCUCACCUCCGCAGUCUCGGUCUCGCCAAUAUCCCUCGUCUGCCUCUCGGCGCUGUGGCGGAGUUCAUCAAGAACAAAGCGCCCGGUUGUGAGAUAGUCGAUCUCGCAUUGUCUACACCAGAACUGGCUGUUAUUCCGGGAGUAUCAUCAACUGUGCGCUCGGCAGUUCUCACGCUACAGACUAGUUUUAUUAAGGUGCUCACUAAUCCUCCCUUUCACUUCUCUCUCACGUCCCCAUCUCCAGUAGAACAAUCCCCACCGCCAACUGCCAUACGCGUUAUCGAACUUGGCGCUGAAAUGCUCAAUGCUCUACAGGGUGGCGCUGGCUCGUGGAGAGUAAUUCGCUCGCGUGGUAGGAGAGGCUGGUAUGUUGACGUGUCCACCAAACCACUCGAGGAUGGCCUGCUUGCUAGGAAACUUGAUAAGAGUGACCCUUGGAGACAGCAAAUGGAGAGCUUGUCCCAGGCUAGAGGUAACGUUGCCUCCUACAUCGGUUGGCAUUCGAGGAAGAUGGAGGUCCUCUCUGGUCAGGGUAUGCUCGGGCGCGAAGAUGGGCUAUACGGCGUUUACGCCUAUUCUACUGGUCUGUAG